GCUAUCAUUUACAAAAAACUGUGUACUCUCCACAGGGCUUAACUUCAAAAAAUAAAACUUGAUUUUUGAUUUCAAAUAUUUCAUAGUUCCAAAUUACGUGAAGACUGGGAGGAUCGUAGCAUAUCGCUUAUUUUUUUUCUGGUUUACUUAUAGAUACUAACCAAGAUGGCUUGUCACUGCAAGUACUUUAUAAAGAUUUUGAACAAAUGCUGCUUCUGCUUCUCACUGCGCACGGGCACAUUAUUGUUGGGCUGCAUAUUCUUGACCUGGUUCGUUUACCUAUGCCUUGGAAGCGCAUUCAUGAUGCGGUGCAUCUUCCCCAACGAAUAUCAGCGGGAGGUUUUUGGUCCUCCAGCAGCCCCAAAGACAACAAUGGUCUUCUCGUUCUUCGGCAUCAUAGCAGCUUCAAUGGUCUGCAUUGGAGUGCAUAAUAAUAACGAACUGUUGUUCCUGCCAUUUCUGGUGCUCACUCCUUUCUAUAUCCUCGUGCAUAUAAUUGCCAUGAUAGUCUAUGCUUGGGUCUGGGUCAUCAUCGCUCUCUUCGUAAUUACAAUAAUUGUUUUAAUCUAUGCCUGGGUGAUAAUCUUCUCCUACUUUUCGGAACUGCGCUAUGCCUACGAUGAUGAGCAGCCCCACCACACCUACAUUUAAGACACAAAUUGGUCAAAACGGUUUGUUUAUCUGCUUGUUUUAAUUAAUUUGCUGGAGUAAAAAUUGUGCAAGUGAA